AUGUUUCAACCAGCCGCUGCCCAACCCCUGUAUCUGCCGCUUCUCGAAGGCGAGGUAAUAAGGCUGGUAGACCUGCUACCAGGAGAGGGGGACGAUCCUGUCUCGCUUCGACUUUUGAUCGCCGAGUUGGGCCAUCAUCCCGAGUACGAGGCCAUCUCCUAUGUGUGGGGUGAUCCAAGCCAAACUGUCUCUGUCCUUUGUAACGGAAGGCCGCUUGCUAUCACCGUCAGUCUCAAUGCCGUCUUCAAGAGAGUUAGAUACCCAGACCGAUCGCGAAUCCUUUGGGCCGAUGCUGUAUGUAUCAACCAAUGGCAUGAUGACGAGCGAAGCCACCAUGUUGCCUUUAUGGGUAAAGUCUACAGCUAUGCGAAAAGAGUCCUUGUGCAUUUUGGUGACGAUUUAGAUGGAGAUGCAGUAAAUGUCUCCUCUCUUGUGAAAGAAUAUGCUGCUUUGAUAUCGAAAUACAAGUCUGUGCACGAUAUGCCAAUCCUAUCAGCCGAAGAUCCGGCACUUGAUGAUCCAAGGUGGAAAACACUAUCUAGAUUUCACCACUUGCCAUGGUGGACCAGAGCAUGGGUUGUUCAGGAGGUGGGACUAGCACGAGAACCGUUCUGUUUAUACGGGAAUGAAGGAUUUGAUUAUCGGGAUCUAAUGAGGUUGGCUGUUUGGACGACGAGAUGUGCACCACACCUUGAAUUCAGACAUGACGUUUCUUUCGCCACGGUUCACACAGACUGGCUCGAUUGGUCGUCAAAUUGGCGAGAAAGCUCUCCGGAUCCGAGCCAGACUUUCUUGGGUCUGAUGAACCACUCGCGAUGGCUGUCAUGCCGUCUGAAGAAGGACCACAUUUACGCCCUUUUAGGACACCCUUUAGCUCAGCUUGAGCCUAGUGGGGACUUGAUCGUUCAGCCAGCCUACAACAAGACCGACGAAGACGUUUAUCUUGAACUUGGAAAGAGUUUGAUAAGAAGCCAUGGCCUUCGUGUCCUAUCCCCUGUUGACCACAAUGAAGAGACAUGGACAAGCAAUUUGGUGCCUUCCUGGUUGCCCUUCUACCACAAUGUCGAGCUCACGGCAUGCAACUUUGGCGUCUUCCCGGACUUCUGGUACGAGGCUUCUGCGGGCUCUGAGGGGCAAGCCGUCACAGUUGCGGAAGGGACGAACCUGCAUGUCCGAGGUCUACUGGUUGACAUUGUGAAGCGGUCACUUCCAUUUACUGAGGCGGGCUUAGAAGAUCUAGGAAGGUUCCCAACGGAUAGACUUGCUAUCGGCAAUCAGAACACACUACUGGAUCAUAUCAUGGCCGAAGCCAUGGCUAAGGCAAAUGGUCAAGCCUAUGAUGCGGGUGACAAAAUCCCGGCCUUAAGCUUGACACUUUGCGCUGGAUUGUCAAGGUACCGAUGCGCCGAGGAUAACCUCCAUCAGCACUGCGAAGACUUUGCCGCUUAUUAUAGGCUCCGGAAAGGACUGGACGAUGAGAGUGAUUUCCCUCAGUGGAUGCCACAUGACCGAGCCCAUGGAGACUAUGAGAAGUAUCUGACUGAUAUGAAGCUGGUGUGCGAAGGGAGAAGCUUCAUUUUCACCGAAAAGGGCCGUUUCGGUUUGGGACCACUGAUCGCGGCUCCCGGAGACGUCUGUUGUAUCCUUUUUGGUGCCACUGUACCUUUCAUUCUACGGAGGACGCAGCGCGAGGGGUAUUUCAAGCUUGUAGGCGAAGCUUACCUACAUGGCCUAAUGCGUGGAGAGGCGCUGAGCCUGAGCACAGCAAGCAGCCCUGAAGAGCAGACUUUGAUCAUUUGCUAG